AUGAACGGAGACGACGCCUUUGCAAAGAGACUCAGGGAUGAUGCUAAAACAUCAGAGAAGAGAAGCAAGGCCUUCGAUGAUAUUGCCACAUACUUCUCUAAGAAAGAGUGGGAAAAGAUGAAAUACUCGGAGAAAAUCAGCUAUGUGUAUAUGAAGAGAAACUAUGAGGCCAUGACUAAACUAGGUUUCAAUGUCACCCUCCCACCUUUCAUGUGUAAUAAACAGGCCACAGACUUCCAGGGGAAUGAUUUUGAUAAUGACCGUAACCGCAGGAUUCAGGUUGAACGUCCUCAGAUGACUUUUGGCAGGCUCCAGAGAAUCAUCCCGAAGAUCAUGCCCAAGAAGCCAGCAGAGGAAGGAAAUGAUUCGAAGGGAGUGUCAGAAGCAUCUGGCCCACAGAACGAUGGGAAACAGCUGCGCCCCCCGGGAAAAGCAAAUACUUCUGAGAAGAUUAAUAAGAGAUCUGGACCCAAAAGGGGAAGACGUGCCUGGACCCACAGACUGCGUGAGAGAAAGCAGCUGGUGAUUUAUGAAGAGAUCAGCGACCCUGAGGAAGAUGAGGAGUAA